UUGCUUCUAUGAGAGACAUUGCAGGCCUCUCGGCCCAUGUAUCACUUGUCUCGCUCAAUCUUCAUUCGAAUGCCAUCACUCGCAUCGAGAAUCUCGACGGCCUGGUUAACCUCGUCGAGCUCAACUUGUCGUCGAACCGGCUGGCGUCACUGGAUGGUCUCCCGCGGCUGCCGGCUCUUCAGAGCUUGGAUGUGGCGGCCAACGAGCUGAGCCACCUCGGCGGCGCGCUGGCCAACGUACCUGCGCUCCGCCGGCUGGUGGCUUCGUACAACUGCAUUCGUGACGUCGAGGGUGUGGAGCACCUUGAGGCGCUAGUUGCACUCGACUUGGUGGGCAAUGACCUUGCUGAUGUGACGGCGCUCACACCACUGGCACACCUGCACUCGCUUCACUCGCUCGCGCUGGCGCGCGGCGAUCGCGCCAACCCGGUCUGUUCCGUCGCCCGCUAUCGCGCCACUGCGUUUGCCAUUGUUCCAGCGCUCAUUGCGCUCGACGGCUUUGACGCUGCUGGCCGCGACGCUAGCUUUGUCGACACCGGCGUCAUUGCCGACCUCGCCCACGCCGCGACGGUGUCGCGCCGGUCGCCGCCGGCUGCCUCGCCGGCCCGGCGUAUCUCGUCGCCAGUUGCCACUACCCAGGCCCCGCGCCCGACUACUCCUGGCGCUCGCCGUCGGCUCUCGCCAACCCCGGCGCCGGCGCCAGUUGCGAGCCCAGACCUCCUCUCGCCGUUGCCGUCGCCGUUCAAGCUCCCCACGCCAGCCAUUGAUUCAGCGCUGCAGCGCCGGCCUCGCAAGGUCAACCGGGCUGCAGCGGCCCGGACUGCUGCGCGCGCGCCGCUCGGCCGUCGCCGCCGCAAUGGCAGGGCUCCCCCUUCGCCAGUCUCUGUGCCCGAGCCGGUCUCGCGCUCGCCGUCACCGCUGGCGUCCAGUCCAGGCGACGACGAGCUGGCCAAUCGUGUCGCCGUUCUCGAAGCAGCUCUCGCCCGGCCGGCCUCGCCACAGACACCAACGCCGUCACCACCACCGGCGAUGAUCGACGCCGCCACCACGCCGCGGACGCCGACGCCGCCUCCUGCACUGCAUACGCAGGAGGUCCAGGCGAAUCUCCUCUCGCCGUCGGCACUCACCUCACUCCAGACUGCGCUUGACAGCGAAACAUCGCGGGCGCUGGCUGCUGAGGCUCAGGUCACACAGUUGGUGGCCCGGGUCGGCGAGCUUGAGCGCGCGGCAGCCGAUGCCGACGCCGCCUUGCGCGAGCACACAGUGAGCCAACGCGAGGCCAAAGCCGCCACUGCCGCGCGCGUCGACGAUGCUAACACACGCGCCGCGGCAGCGGAAGCCCGCGCUACCGCAGCCGAGGCCUCGGCUACCGAGCUCAAGGCUGCGCUCGCGGCGGCCAAUGACCGAGCAGAAGCACAGACUGCGCUCGCGGCGCAGUUGAAGGACGAGCUCCGUAAGGCGGCAGCAUCGGUCAAGCGCGGCCGCGCCCGCACCGCUGACCACGACGCAGCGCGGCAAGCCGCCGAGACUCGGCUUGCCGACGCUGAAGCUGAAGUCGCUGCCGCACGCGCUGCCGCCGCCAACGCCGAGGCCCAAAUCUCCGCCCUCAAGGCUGCUGCCGCCACUGCCGAAGACCAGAUUGCCGCUCUCAAGGCUGCCUUCCGUGAGAGCUCGGCAGGAGCAGCCAAGCUCAAGAAGGAGGUCCGUGCGUCGUCGCGGGCCGACGCGGUCGACUCGCGCCUUGCGGCGCUCAAGUCCAAGCAUGCUGCGCUUGUCAGCAGCCAUCACGCAACAGAGCGCGAACGUGCCGAGCUUGGAGCCACCGUCGCACUCUUGCGUGAGCAUCUCGCUGCGCAGGAGAAAAUGACCGGCAUGCUCGACGCCCACUUUGGCGCCGCUGUUGCGGCAGCAGCAGCACGGACCGAGGCUGAUCGCCAGCAGCAGCAGCAGCAGCAGCAGCAGCCCCCGCCUCCGCCGCCUCCGCCUCCUCCGCCUCCGCUCCCGCCGCUCCCGCCGCAACAAGUGAUCAAGCCUGCCGACGACGCCCUGUAUGCGCGGUUGACGGCCGAGAACGCGCGGCUGGCGCGGAGAGUGGAGGAGAGCCAGGCGACGCUCGAGGCGCUGCAGGCCAACCACGCCCAGCUGCAAAGCGCCGAGGCCCAGCUCCGCGGCGAGACAAAGUUUUACAAAGAGCGGGCUGAAGCCUCGGCUGACGCGCUCGCCAUCAAGGACAAGAUGCUCAACGACCAGCUGGAGAGCCUCCGCAAGCGACGCCGCCGCGAAGCCCGCCGCCUUGCUGCCGAGCGCGACGAGGCCCAGGCCGAGGUUGCGCGCCUCGAGCGUGCGCUCCGCUACGUCGAGGACGAGGUGGCCAAGCUCAAGGCGUCAAUGGACGAGCAGGUGGCGGCGGCCAGAGCCGCUGGCGAUGCAGCUGCUGCCGAAGCCGCAGACGCCGCCGCCGCAGAAGUACAGGCUGAGCUGGAGGCCGCGCAGGCGGCGGCCGCCGACGCUGCAGCCGACGCAGCGUGCGCCCGCGAAGCGGUGACCAAGACCGAGCACGAGAUGCGGGUCUUGCUCAAGGCGUAUGACAAGGAGAAGAAGAAGCGAAUCAAGCUGGGCGCGCUUCUCCAGCAGGCUCUCGACGAUAGCUAA